AUGGACCAUGUUGAACGACAACAAUUGGUGCAGCGCUCACCAACAGCGAAAGAGAUGGUUUUGGAAGCCUUGCGAUUUAAUUCAGCACAAGAUGAGAACACCAGAAAGACCUUGAGCAGUCCGCGGACGUUGCCAAGAACUUGGUCAACAUUAGUUGACGUGAUUUUGUUUGUUGGUGGUAAAGGGCGAAAUCUGGAGGAAGGUCGAUUGACCUUCUGUUACGAGCCUAACGGUGAUCAGUGGUAUUCUUUAGCACCUUUGAAGUAAGUAUUGGAACACAAAUAGUCCCUUCUAUUUCAUGGUGACAGAAAUGGGAAAAAAGGCAAUCCCUAAAACUGGUUGAAUGAAGGUCUGGCAUUGGCUUAUAAUCAUUUACAGAUGUCUGCACGACUCAGGGCAAAGCACAUAGCUCCCUACCAUUACGCGUAAGAACUGCCAGAUUCUCGGCCAAAACAACACCUCUUUAGAUGAAGUUCUUCGAAAACGUUUUUUAAAAAAAAAAUAGGCAUGCGUUGCAUGCAAGAUUUAUUUUCCUUGGCUGGUUGGGUUGAGAUGGGAUACUUUGUGUACCUAAUGUUUUCAUUUUGUAACAGAAGAAGGGUAUAACUUUCAAAAGAAUUAAAAUAUCGCAUUACUUUACCUUAGGAGAUAGAAAAAAAUACCUGGGUUAUCUGAACUUACAUCUAUAGGGAUUUUGUGGUCUAUUGUCUCUAUUGUCUAAGUACCUCUAAGCUAAAUAAUAUGCAUUGAUGCCGCGCUUACCGUUGUCUCUUUCGCUGCUAUUGUUUGGUCUCGUCACACAACACCAUCUAUUCCCCGUUAGAGAAAGACAGUGCGUUACGUGACGAGGCCAUGUAACGGUUGCGAUAGGGACUACGCUCACUGUCUUUCCUCUAUCAGAGAGAAAAUCAAAAUUAUUCGCUUAAGAAAUAUAGUUUCACGGUUUUUUUUACGAAAAGCAAACUGAAACUGUUGUAUCUCCAAUAUACCCAGACCAAAGAUAUAUUGCGAUCGCGAAUAAGUGAAGAUACAUUGAACAAGAGAAAAGGGAUAAUAUUUCAAGGAGGGCCCCUUGAGUGGUUGUUACCUAUCUGGACUUUGCCCUCUGUGUAUGAAUUACGUGACAAAAUGCAGGUUGUUUACCAGGAAUUAACACGCAACUGGGUUCAGUCCAAGGUAGCUAAAAGCGAAUUUUAUUUGUAGAAAAAGUUAAAACGAGAGAGAAUUGCGUGGAAAAUUCACCAUUAGUAGCAUUUAGUUCUUUUGAAUCUUUUUAAGUAGGGUUGGACAUUACGGUUAGAAUAUUUGAUGAAACGCAGGUUGUGUACAAGGAAAUGACUCGUAAUGGAGCGAAGGCCAGUGUAACAAAAUGGAAUUUGAUUGGUAGAAUACAAUUUGCGCACGUGAAAGAUUGCCUAAUGGUCAUGUGAUUGGUGAUAUGAUUGAUUAAUACGUACCCUAAUGCGGCAAUUUGAUUGGUGCAAGAUUCAUACCCUAGUGCAGUGAUCUGAUUGGCGCAAGAUACAUAUCCUAAUGCGGCGAUCUAUAUGGUGCGAGCAACAUACCACUCUAAACGCUAACAUAGAGUUUUCUUUUUUUUUCAUAAAAAAAAAACUGAAAAAGUGUUCCAAUUUAAAUGGUAAUCGGGCCUCCCGGUCGGAGACGCGUUAACGUACUGAUUUGCGCGCCAGAUUCGGGGUCGAGAGGUCUGGGUUCGACACUUAGCUGAGCCAUUUUGUUGUAUUAUUAAUGGUUUGAGCGUAAUCGUGGUACGUCACGUGGACCAUUUCGAAGCGUAGUAAGAUCAACUUUAGAGUAAACAGUGAUUUAACUGGGGAUUGUCAGCUAGGUAUAUCACACCUGAAAGUCAACAGUACACUGAUUUCCCAUGUACAUCAUGAAAACUGAGUUUAUGGGAUAGAGUUUCAUUGUAGCUGAUGUCAGUUUGCCCUUUUUGUCUCUUCUGGACAUUGGUUAAAAGUAUUUUCUCUCAAAGCUCCCAAAAGUUUUGUUCGUCUGGCAAAAUAGAUAAUACUGUAGAUUGACUGAUGUAGCAGAUGAGUUCCUCGAUUAAACGUUGUUUGCUUUCCAUGUAUCACACAGCUAACACGUGAUAAACAUCUCCUUCUUAUUCCAGAACUCAACUGUUCGAUCAUUCAGUGGUCUCUGUUGAUGGAUUCGUAUACGCAUGCGCCGGGUCUGUAGAAGGUCAGGCCUCCCUGCUUCUUCAAGAUAUGGUGCAAUGCUAUGAUCCGCACCACAAUUACUGGGACUAUGUGAACCCAAUGCAAGAACCAAGGGCAAAGUCUGCUGCAACGGGACAUGACGGAUUGCUCUAUGUCUUAGGUGAGAAUGAAAUACAAACAAAUUAUUGCAAAAUUCUGAAACAGUAUCCAAAUUAUGGUGUUCUAUGGGGACAAUCGCUACUUUUUCGCGUUUCUGAUGCAGGUGGAAUUAUAAAUGGUUCCCAUGGCAACUCGUUUGAGGUCUACAACCCUAUCAACGACAAAUGGCAAUUUCUUUCCCCUCUCACAGUCCCACGAAGUAGUCACGCAAUGGUUAAUACAGAAACGCAUAUUUACGUAAUCGGUGGUGAAGGACAAGGAAUUGAGCCCGAGAUCAGCAUGGAGCGAUACGAUCCAGCAGUUAACCUCUGGAGUUUUGUGCUACCGAUGAAUUGUGGGAAAGUAGGGGCAUGUGCUGUGGAAGUUGAGGGGAAAAUUUACGUCAUGGGUGGUCAUAACGGAUACACAACGCUCCGACAGUGUGAAGUGUAUGAUAUACAGACGCAUCAGUGGAACAUGGUUAAAGGUGAGCUUUAAUUAGCCACAGGUAUAUACACCUAAGUGAUUAGCCUACGAUUUGCCUAGAUUUUCAUCCUUUUAUUACCAAUAAACGCCAAAAAAUGACAAAAUUUAACCUCAUUGAGCUGAAAGCUCAUUUUACAUUCUACACCGUUUUGCUCUCUCAGAUGAUAAUAACAUUUUCUCUUUUAGACAUGACCGAGUUUCGCCAAGAUGCCGAGGCUGUUAUUUUGAAUAGGAAGAUCUACGUUGUUGGUGGACGAGACUACAAAGGGGAACGGGAACUAUAUUCCAUAGAGUGCUUCGACAUAUCUACGGGAGAAUGGACUCGAUUGACGUCAGUUCCGAUUGCAAGAGUAGGCUUCCGAUGCGUGACGUGUAGAGUGAGUCGAGAUCACCUCGCUCCAUUAAAACUCGAGUAAUUUUAAGUGAUCAAAGGCGAAAUGAUUACAUUUUUUUCUAGAGUGGUUUUCUUUCUUUGUUUUUUUGCUUUUUUGUUUUGCUUAACAUAAAUUUUUUUGUUCCCUGAGAAAAGUGAAAGCAAAGAGGCCAUUAAAUAUUGGGAAAAUUGGCAAUAAUUGCCUUCGCGAUGACAACAUCUGAUUUUGGGAGAUACACACCAAAAGACAUUUUUGUGGUCUUCUAUUUCCAUUUAUCCUGUUUCUUCUAUUUCUUCUAUUCCAUUUUUUUUUAUCAUAUUUUCAAAUAAGAAGUUAGCAAAUUCAGAAUAAAAGUUGUCGUAAACGUCAUGUUUAAUCUACUUGCGAUUCUUAAUAACAACUCUUGAAAACUUCUUGAUAAAUAGCAGUGUAUUCAUGAUCAGAACUAAGUUUUGUUUAGAUCUCUGCAAAGUUGCAGAAGUCUUAUGCUCGAUUUUUUCGAUAUCUUUUUUUCCAUAUCUUUUGCGAAUUGUUAUUUUUUAUACUAGUUGUAUUGAUCUGCGCUCUUUGUCGCAAUAAGAAAAUUUCAACUGAGGAAGCCCCAACAUAUGUGCUAGUAAUUGGGGACUACAAUCAAUAAAAAGCCGCAUUACUUGGUGGAGAACGCUGGAAAUAGACUGUGAGCGGUCUCACUCCCAGGGUUCCACGCGGCGCGCUAACCACCAUUUUCGCUGAAUUUUUUUCGGACUCGUGCAACAGGCGGACUUCGUUGAAAAGGAGGGACUGCUCGAAAUAAACGCUGGAUACUAAAGAUAACGAGAAGCUUCUACAAAGGCUCUUUGGAAUCAUGCUAAUUUACUUUUAGGACAUUGCAGUGUACUCAACAUCUUAUUUCUCGAUCUCCCAUCAGCCUAAACCUCUAGUGAAAGCCAGACGGAAAUCGAGAAGCCGAGCAAAAUCUCCAGCCGAUCUGCUAGAUUAACUGUAUUUUCUCAAAUCUACGUAUUCGUUUAAUUUGUUGCUUGCUUUCACAAAUCUGUCAUCUUUAUGAUUUUUAUGUCCAAAUUUGCCAACCUGCAAACCUAUUCGCCACCAUUAUAUAUACCAGCAAUCAAACACACAAACAAACAAGCCAACAAACAUGUAAACAAAUUCAUCAAGAGGGUGAAUUUCGAAAGAAACUGUGGUGCUGCGUUAGUCGAGGACUAUAACAUGAUAAUUUGGUUUCUAUCAACGGAAUUGAUAACGUAAUUUACCCCUUAAAAGAGUUUCCAGCACUAGUCAUUGGUCAUUCGCUUCAUUCGUUUCAGAAAGGAACUCGAUUAAUCAAUUACCCCUGUACAUUAAUACCGCAUCCUCAAACAGCGAAACUAGUAUGCUAAUAAUAAAGUCCAUAUGUUUUAAAAAUGCCGAUACAAUCCUCCACACUUGCUUCACGUGAACAAAUUCAUAUGCAUUGAAUAUGGUUUCGAAUUGAAAGCAUGAACAAUGCUCUGAACCAUAGGUAAUAAGGUAGCCACAUAGUAAUUUCCCUUUUCUCUGAUAGUGCGCGUGUCCUCUGGCAAUUUCCCGCUUGAGAGAACUACUAACAUAUUAGAUUAAGAGAAAAACCAAUUUACCUCUAUCUCACAUGGUAAAAAAAGAAAGGGAAAUUUUCACCUUCUAGGCUUCCAAAUGACCAUUAUUGCAUUUGUGCCUCCUAGAAGUUACUUGAUUUUGACUUAUGCCGUACUUAUGUGAGAUGAACUUUGAUAUAUCAGAUAGGGCCAAGAGGUAGCGUUCAAACAUCCACAAAGCCAUCUGGCUAAGAAAACUAACAAUCAAUUUUAAAAAGUUAAAGAAAAAAAUGAAAAAAGAGAGAAAAAAACUCAGUUCCGGCAGCCUUUAGAUGCAGUAAUGAAAUGCACAUAAAUUAGAAUCACCCCGAAGGUAACUAUGUAAAUUACGUGGGAAGCCGCUGAGCUGUUUGUACGUUGUUGGAUUCUAGGGAUUAUUUCUCACGGGUCUCAGCAUCAAGCUUUCAAGAUAUUUUCGGUUUUUUUCGCUGUCGUUGAUGCAAGAUUGUUCUACUGAAACGUAAGGUAAGUGUGAAGUGAUAAUAUUUCAUGUCUAAAUCGUCUUUGGAGAUCUGUCUAAACUGAUAUAAGGUUGACAAAAUCGAAUGUUACCGUUCACUUCCAAAUGCAGUAUUCAAGUUAUUUAGCGUCCAAUUUGUUGAUAACGAAUGGUAAAAGUAUUUCCUUCUAUUUAUCGCCUUCCAGCCUGAAAGCUGAUGGUUAAUACUUACUUUUCGAACAGAUAGCUACCAUAUUACGUUCUAGAGGAUGUCUAGUUUGUUGUUUAUCUCGGAAUUUAAAAUAAUAGCGAUUCCAGUUUUAUUUCAAAUGUUUACGGCGAUGGGAUAUCCGUCUGUUCGCAAUAUUUCCUUUCGAGUUGGGGUUUCUUUCGUCAAAGUUUAACCUCAUUGUCCUUUUUUCUCAACAGAAUUAUUUAAACGAUGGCUGAAGGCGACAGUUAUGGGUGCAAAACGUAUUUUUUGAUUUCGCUCGAAGGACUCCUAUAUUUGCUACAGUUCGUAAGUGAAAGUCAAAAGACUUCUUAAUUAUAUUAAAUGUACAUUUCUUUCUACGAUUUCGAUAGCUUUCAGACGGAUUUCAGUUUCCGAUUUUGUAUUUUCUCUAUGUCAAAUGUUUUUCUGUCUUUGUUAGAAUCGUAUUUGAAAUAUGCAGGUAUUUUUCAAACAUGCAUGCAUUGCCUCACCGCACCCAACAAGUGUUCUUGACAAAUCAACUGCGAAAUUUGGCGUGUUUGAAACUUACAGUGGGUUUUUACAUCAGUGGAUUAUUCUAGACAAUUCAGUGUUUUUUAAUGUAACGAUACGAAAAUAUUUUGCCGUAGUACGUUCUUUACGACUGCGUGAAGCAUAACAUUUUUUAACCGGCAAAUCACAGAUUUUAAUGAUUUAUACGUAGGAUUUGAAGUGUUUGAUAUGUACAUUUACAAUAGGCUUACGUAGUUGCUAUUAAAAUCCAGUCUACACAGCGCUGCGUAAUGUCACGUCAGUGAAAGGGUUUAGUCUUCACUGAUGUAGCUGUGGCCACAGGUAUCAAGAACCAAGGGCUUUAAUCAAUAGGUUAUCUAUAGCCAACAAUGACGAACCUGUAACAUUUUGUUGUAAAAUUGUACAGAAUAACAAAUCUACCGACCAGAGAUUUUUGGGAAACUGGGAAAUAUAUGAAUUAGUGUCUGGGAUUUUCUAGAAAUGUAGCCCUUUCUUGUGCAACAUCUAACAAUAAAUUAUAUUCACUGUCAUUCAUUCACUUCAUAUUAUUUAAUUAAACACUGAAAAUUUGUUGUUUUACUGAUUAUUAUCUACAAUUGAUAUUUUUCUAGGUAAAAUUUCCACACAGCCCCAUCCUACCUUAUGCAUUCAGUUCUUGAACAGAGAAAACAAUGACAAAAACAAUACAUUUCCGUCGGGAAAACAGAUUUGUCUUACAAUAGUAUGGGGCUGUGGGGAAACUUUACCUUUUUCUAUCUUCUCAUCACCUUUGUGGACAAAAAUGUAUUGUUACUGACUAAGAAGAAAUUUCCUUUUGGUCUCUCUGAGAGAAAACAGCUGAAAGCCUUCUCAUUGAUGAUUAUGUUGUAAAAUCUCUAGGUUCUUGGUGUGAUUGCAUUUGCAUUGGUUUUGAGUCAUGAAGAAUCCAGCAUUUUCUCUCAUUAUGGCUUCUUCAUUGUCGUCAGUGCUCUGUGUUGGAUUGGAGCAUUACUCAUCAUCUUCUUCCAUGUGGUUGGUUGCUGCAAAGUCAAGAUACUGGGUGUUUGGCAGAGGGAAUAUUCUCUGGUGAGUGUUCAGUGAUUCAGUUUUGCUCUGUUUUAGCACAGAUGACCAGAGCUGGCCAAAGAAACUGAUUCAAUUUCUUCAAAAGUUGAAAAAUUGUAAAAUAAUUCUAAAGAAUCAUAUUUAACCCUUUUGCUCUCAAGAUCUCAUUAGUAUUUCUCCUUGCUGUCUACCAUACAACUCUUAUGCCAUUAGUCCUGAGAAUUUGAAGGUAGAUCAACUAUUAACCCUGCAUUCCAAUUGACAUUUUUCUCUUUCCUCAUCACCUGUCUACUUGAUAUUGUAGUGAUAUUGUAUGGAGAAAUUCUGUCUUGGUCACUCAUAGGGGGUUAAAGGAAAAUUUUGGUACAGAAGUUAAUGGCAUACUGUAGAUGUAUUUAUAACUUGUUUAAAGUUGGACAUAAUUAAAGGCAUUGAACUAAUGAUUUUACUUGCUUUUGCUCCAACAGUGGAUUUUUCUGCUGAGUUACUCCUUGUCGUAUUUCUUCUUCUUCUUGUUCUCCUCGGCUCUUUUGUCUCAGUGGACCCUGAAGUCUGCGCAGUUUAUCAUUGCAGCAGUAAGUAAAACUAUUUUAUGUGCUUAUUGCUAUUAGGAUGCUUUUAAAUGAUAGCUUAAUCUCUCUCGGUGAAAUGAAGUGACCCUUUGUCUUUGAUGCAGUAGUUAGUUGACUGAAAUUUGCUUUCCUAUUUAUGUUUGUUGAGUGUAAAAAGGCACCUAAAUUGGCUGCAAAGCCAUGUGUAAGGAAGAUAAGAAAGCUUUUUUCAAAAUCUUAGGCAAGGGUGAUUAAAGGGAAAAUGGCUGGAAAAAGUGGCUGCAACAAGACUCUGGAACAGGUGGCAUUGCUUUUACUGUUUCCAAAACAUAUUGCAAUUGUUUGUGGGGACAUUAAUUGCAGCAACAUUUGCAUCAUCGUGUCAUUUGGAGAAUAUUUGCAAAAAUAUUUUUUCUCAGAACAUAAUUUUUCACAGCAAUCAGUUGCUUGAUUUCCAUCAGUUUGAAUUUUUGGGACUGAUUACAAGAGAAAAAUUUUGACGCAGAGACAACAAUUUUUAUUAAAAUUCUUCCUGUUCCUCCAACAAAAUUUGGCAACUACUUGUCACUCAAUGUUUCUUAGCAUAAAUCUGUAAAUAGCUCUCUUGGCUGGGUUUUCUAAAUUUAUCUCUCCCAAUAACUGACAUGUAUUUUAAAUAAUUUUUUUCUUUAGAUCUGUGGCUUUAUUUUGGUGAUUGUGUUUUUCAUCCUGUGUAUUAUCUACUAUCGCCGGGUCAGAAAAAUUAGGCUGACAGAGGUGGCCUGGGAAGGCGAUAAAUCAACCAGGGCCUAGGCAAGUGACAGUUGUUCAAGACUGGCUGUGAAAAGCUUGUAAAUGCUUUUCUAGCAACAAUUCUAAGCAGAAAGAAAGUUGUACAACUGAAGGCAUUUACUUAUGUAAUUUUGCUAAGACUUUGUUAGUGGAAAUCAAGGUGUUUAUGACUGUAUAUAGCUUUUUUAAUAACAGAAUUUGUCCAAAAAUGGAAAUUAUUGUACUGUUCCUAUAUGUGACUGCAAAGGAAUUUUUUGAGGACACGAGUAUUGUUGCUGGAUUUAUUUCAUAGGUUUGCUUAUUUUUAACUUAACUAACAUGUACAUUAUUUAUGUUUUGUUUCUCACUAACUUAUGGAAAAAUUAAUAUCUCUAAGUUGCAAUUUAUUUUUUUUUAUGAAUGUAUUGCCAGGAGCUGACAAUGCAUUGAACAGUGCACUUCUUGGUUUUUGCAGAAGGUUUUUUUAGAUCACUUUUUUUCACCAAUUUAGUUUAUGGAUAUUAUUCCUGGAUUAAAAUGAGAAUAUGCAGUCUUAGUUUUUCUUACAGACUGACUUGGCAUGAAGGCAUUCAGGGGAUGAACAGCAAAUUCUUUCAGAUGUUGUAAUUAGUUUGUUGUAAAACCCUGGAUCUUGUGCCAAAGGGAUUAUUGACCAUUGUCCAUUGGGGUGUUCCCUAGAUUAUAGUGAAAUUAAAAACUUUCCUUUUCAAUUGUCUAAAUGCACAGGAGCUGGAACAUGAUUGUAACUAUCCUGAUACUGCUUAGAGUGGUUUGCUCAAAGUGUUGAUUGAAUUUUCUUUCUUAUUUUAACCCUUAAAAUAAAAAUUCUUAUUACUGUCUUUCAUAAAUUCCUUAUAUAUUGAACUAUGACAAUUUGAAUCAAAGACAAUUGCUCAGGUCAUGCUUUUCUUUAUUUUCUUUACCUUUCUGCUUGACAAUGUUGUGGUACUGUAGUGGAAAGAUUUGUUAUCUGUGUAAGAAUGAUUGUAACUGUAAGUAGUGAAAUUAUUGAUGACAUCCCAAGAGGGGCCAUUCUCACAGGCACUUAAAUUCAAGGGCCUCAUUUCCACUUGCUUGUUUUUGCGAUUACCUCGGCUAUUUUUGCAUUAAUAGGUGUCUGUCUGUGUGUUGGGCUGUCUUUUGUCUGUGUGUAUGUAUUUCAGCAUUUCUCUGUGUGUGUCUCUGUCUGUCAGUUGUACAACCUUCAAAAUUAGGUUUUGCCAGAAUUAUACUUUGAAAUUCCUCUCAGUCCUUUAUUGAUACCAGUUUAUAGGAAUGGACAAUUCACUUUUCACAAUUGAUAUAAACUGAUCUGAAUUAUUCUAUUACAGUUUGUGUUAGUAUUGACUGUUUACUUCACUUAUCAUGGUUUUGGUGCUAAAGGUUGAGUAGCUGGUCAUUACAAGAUUCACUGGGUCUCUCACUCAAUUCUAUGUGAAAUAUGUCAAGUGCCAAGUCACAUUGAUUACUUAUUUUCCCCUGCUCAAACCUCUGCCUGGGUAGCAAUUAAAAGUUACCAAUUUUCACUUAUUCAAUCAUGUAGUCUGAUUGUCCAGGUGAGAGUAGUCCUGAAUUGGGCUAUGUCUAACUCACAUGACUCUGAAGGUAACUUCUGUUUAGGGUGUUCGACAUCAGUUGGGACCAGGACCGCUCUAACCCGGACGAUCAGGCCACAUGAUCUUCGUUAUCUCUGGAUUGAAUCCAUUCACUAUAUCUUGACUUAGCUCUGGCUACCAGCCAGACUCUGUACACCUUCAAGAUUUCAGUUCACUGUAGCGAAUAACUAAUAGAAGUCAGCAUUUUGGCAUAGCUAAUAAUAUUUAAUAGUAAAACACUUAAAGUCAGGU